ACCAACUGUACAUAAAUUGAGAAGCCAGCAAAUCUUCAACAUCUCCACCUCUUUGAUCCUCUCUUGAUCAAUUUCUCUUUCUCCUCUACGAGCGGAUACAGAGGAGGAGGAGAAGGAAAACAAACCCAGAAGCCGGAGUUUGCUUGAUUGAUUGGUCCAAAGCAUCAAUGCCGGCGCGGAAACGUCACUCCUCGUCAGAGGCUCUCGUUCACGGCGAGGACUCUCCUUCGCAGCACCACCGUCGCAAGCAAUCGCGAGGCCGAUGGGGAGCGGACGAAGAAGAAUAUGGAGAAGAGGAAGACGACAGAGAAGAAGAGGCAGAAGAUUGCGAAGAAGAAGAGGAUUCCGAUGGAAGCCGUUCGUCCGACGAUCCUGCGAAGCUUCCCGAAUGGGUGGAUGUGUCACUUCCAGCCAUUCGUACCAAUGUACAGUGCCCAAUAUGUCUAGGGAUUAUUAAGAAAACAAGAGCUGUCAUGGGGUGCUUGCACCGCUUCUGCAGGGAGUGCAUUGACAAGUCAAUGCGCCUGGGGAACAAUGAGUGUCCUGCAUGCCGCACACAUUGUGCUAGUCGACGUUCUUUGAGAGAUGACUCCAGAUAUGAUACCAUUAUUGCAGCUGUAUAUGCUAAUAUCACAGAGUAUGAGGAAGAGGAACUGGCUUUCCAUGAAGAGGAGAAGACUCGCAAUAGGCAGAUUCAAGCAUCUAUAGCCCAAAUUUCUCGACAACAAUCUGAAGCACUGCUGGUGAGGCGCAACAAAUCUAAAGAUACACCUGCUUCUACAACAAGAUUAUCGCGCAACUGUCGUGCUUAUUCCAGAAGAAUGAGAAACACACGGGGAAUAGAACCCGAAGGAUAUGAAGAUAAUGAGGAUGAAAAUAAUCACAAUGGGAGCAAAAAUUCAUCUUCAACUGAUGAGCAGGCAACAGAAACUAUACAGAGGAGGUGCAAGAGAAGGGCAGGAGCUCAGCCUUCCCAGCCUUCUCCGUCAGCUGCAAAUUCAGAUGGUGGAGGGAUUGAAAAUGAUUUAGGAGCAAGCAGGGAAUGCAAAGGUGCUUCUUCUGGGCCAGUGCGGCAACCAGAAAUGCUUGCUUGGGGCAAAGGUGGUGCCCGGAGCAAGAGUGUUCGGAAUACCCGCAUAAUUAAACUGACUAAAUAUCUUGAGAACUUACAGGAGAAUGAUGACAAGUUAGAUGUCCGUCUUAUGCUUACUUCUUUAGAAAAGGACAGAAUACCAAGUUUGCAGCAGAUAUACCUCUGUUGCCCACCACAUUUUUCAGUUGCAUCCCUCAAAGAAUAUGUUGCCGAUGAGACAAAAUUCCAGAUUGAAGACAUUGAAAUACUACUGGUGAAGAAAGAUUUGAGUACCCAUGUUCUGUUGUCCAGCCUUGAACUUGAACCUUCAAUCUCAGGGAAAUAUGGAGCCGUGCUACAAAAUUUGGAAGGGCAGGAAACUUUGGCAGUGCUCAGAGAAAGCUGCAAUACCCAUUUGACACUGGCAUAUCGACUGAAGGAGGGAGCUUAUCGAUUUGGAAUUGCACCUGAAACUACUACUACUGCAGCUCAAGAGGACACAAUAGACAGUUCAGGUAUAUCAUCUUUACAAAAACCUCUUCUUUCAGGCCAGGAGGAUGGAUGAGCUUGGCUAGAUGAGACCAUUCCCAGGUAGAUCUCAGGGAGGAGGGGGCUCAGAUGAGACCGUUACCCCACAAAGAACGGUCAAUGUAAAUAGACCGCUAAAACCAAUCACAUCUUCUGGAAGGUUGUUGUUAUAUACUCUAUAUUUAUGUCCAAAUAGUUUCUCGUUAAAAUACUUUCGAUCUGGCUUUUUAUGUUCAUUUUAAUUAGAGAAAAAGAACCAUUUCUUGAUCGCAAUGAAUAACA